AUGGCUGGAUUCCGAGCUUGCCUUCUCCUGGCCCUGGCCACCAGCGCCUUCGCUGGCUACACCCACGGAGGCUACGGCUAUGGUCUUGGCUACGGCGGUCUGGGUUACGCCGGCCUCGGCUACGGCGGCCUCGGCUACUCCGGCCUUGGCUAUGGCGGCUUCGGCUACUCCGGCCUUGGCUACGGCCUCGGCUAUGGACAUGGUCUCGGUUACGGUCACGCUGUCGGUCUCGGCCACGGCAUCGGCUACUCCGUCGCUGCCCCAGUCGCUAGCUACGCUGUUGCUGCUCCAGCCGUGAGCCGCACCGUGUCCACUUCCUACCACGCUGCCCCAGCAGUCGCCUCCUACGCCGUGGCUCCAGCUGUGGCCAAGGUUGCCACCACCUACGCCGCCCCCGCUGUGGCCAAGGUCGCUACCACUUACGCCGCCCCAGCUGUUGCCUCCUACGCUGUUGCACCAAUCGCAACCUACGCUGCUGCCCCGGCCGUUGCCAAGGUUGCCACCACCUACCAAGCUGCUCCAGCUGUUGCCUCCUACGCAGUUGCCCCAGCCGUGACCAGGGUUGCCACCGCCUACCACGCUGCUCCAGCUAUCGCCACCUACGCUGCUCCAGCUGUCGCCUCCUACGCUGUUGCCCCAGCUGUUUCCAAGGUUGCCACCACCUACCACGCUGCCCCAGCCGUCGCCAGCUACCAGACCUACCACGCUGCCCCAGCAGUCGCCACCGUCGCCCACGCUCCAGCUUACGGUUAUGGAGUCAGCAGCCUCGGGUACGGCGUCGGUCACUACGGCUUCGGUCACGGUCUUGGCAGCUACGGCCUGAACUACGGUUACGGCCUUGGUGGCUUCAACGACUACACCGCUCUCCUCCGCAGGAAGAAGUAAACUGCCACGAACCUUCUGGAUAUAUCCUGCAAGCUUCAGAGAGUCUUUUCUGGCCCUUUUUUUCCUGUCACCGGAAAAUGUGGCCUAUGUGCUCUCAAUAAAUUAUUUUGAAUGCUGUA